GUUUACCGUGGUGUCAACAGCCCAAAUGACCCUAAGGUUAUCGAUUAUUAUUAAAUAUUAUUAGAUACAAUUAAAACAUUCAGUCAUUACAUGAUCGUUGACUACGGCUCCCGACAACAAUGGCUAAGGAUCUAGUUAUUCUUGCUUAUUCCGGAGGAUUGGAUACUAGUUGCAUAUUGAAAUGGUUAAUUCAGCAAAAUUAUGACGUUGUUUGCUAUUUAGCUGAUGUCGGUCAGAACGAAAAUUUUGAAAAAGCAAAGGUGAAAGCCAAAUCGAUUGGAGCCAAAGAUGUAAUUGUGGAAGAUUUACGUGAGGAGUUCAUCAGCAAUUACAUGUUUCCGGCAAUUCAAAUGGGUUUAGUGUACGAAAGCCGAUACUUGUUAGGAACUUCGUUGGCAAGACCAUGCAUCUCAGUUGGAAUCGUCAAAGCAGCAAAAACAUUGGGCGCCAAGUACGUCUACAGUUUUAAUAUUUUUCUCACUAUAAUGUGCAUAUCCUACUACUAUUAUAAAGGCGAAAGUUUGUAUGGAUGUUUGUUACUCUUUCACGCAAAAACUACUGAACCGAUUACCAUGAAAUUUGGUAUGUAGGUAGCUGAAGUCCCAGA